GAUGUUCGGGUGUUCAUGUUACAGCCGGACAUUUGGAUCCCACCGAAAGACGAUGUUUAUACAAGAUUCAACAUGAGCAACCAGCAGGUGGCCACCAGUGUCACAAACUUUACGGUUUGCUCCAGAUAUUUUACCACAGCUUUAACUACGUUGCAAAUUCUUCUUUCUUACGCUACGGCUGAAGAUUUCUCUAAUGCUAUCAUGAUGUAUGUCAUUGAUGGUUCACACUUCUUUCGAUACAACAAUAAACCUCAGCCAGUCAUACAGAACCUCAAACUACCGACUUACCUACGUCAGUGGCGACACCUCUGCCACGUUUUUUCGGGGGACACGUAUACUGUAUAUGUGGAUGGCGUUGCAAUGGUCAGUGGCCCCAUCGAGGUAGAAAACAGAGUCAUCCCACUUAAUGGUACCUUCGUCAUUGGACAGGAACAGGACGGAAUUUCAAGACGAUUUCAACAUGAGCAAAUUUUUAAAGGAUAUGCAACUCAAAUAAAUUUCUGGAGCUAUGGACUCUCCAAAACAGACAUAGAAAUAGCAGCUUCUUGCAAGGAAAAUAUAAAGGGAAAUAUUUUUUCAAGUGACAGAGACAAUUUUGACCUUAUCAAUGUGAACUUUACUUUAUGGCCUCUACAAAAUGUUUGUCUCCAAAACGAAGACUUUUUAGUUAUACCAGAAGGACGUACAUUUGCCGAGUCAAUGAUUAUGUGCAAUUUAAUUGGAUCUGUUCUGUAUGCUCCGCCGAACAAACACAUAAGCGAAAGAGUAAAUAAAACGCUUUGGGAAGAGAAUAUAUGUGCGACAGUUCACCUUUGGGUUGGCAUAACAGAUGAAGAGGAGGAAGGAGUCUGGAGAAGACUGAGUGACAAGAAGAUUGUCACAGAUGUAUUUUGGGCACUUGGACAACCUGACAAUACAACAUUUGAAAACUGUGUUUUGGUUGACGGAAAAGACUCUUUAUGGAAUGAUUACAGUUGUAAGACAUACAAAGCUUGCGCACUCUGUCAGGAUCAAGCAACAUCUCCGCUAUUUCUUCGAGGUAUUUGCAAGGAAAGAUUGACUGAAAUUAUGUUUGAAGUGCUUGGAUAUUACUUAAGCAAGCCAUUUUUUCAUGGAUUUUAUGGGUUAAUGAUAAUACAACCAAAAGAUAAGCGAUGGCUUUUAAUUAAUACUGUGGAAAACGAAUCCUUAGCUUACUUGAAUGUAGCGUCUGACACUGUUUACCCACUUGGCAGACACAAAUGGACGCUGCUGUAUCCCAUAUGUGAACAAGAAGUGGGAAACAUAAUUGAACUAAGCUUGUCUAUAUGUCAAAGUCAUCAGUAUAUGUGUGACAAUGGUGAGUGUAUCGACCUAGCCGCCCGUUGUGACGCCAAGAGUGACUGUAACGACGAGACAGAUGAAGACAAUUGUUCCCUUCUCCAAGUGCCCGCAGGUUACCGCAGCUUCAAACCUCCUAAGAAUGUUGUUGACCCAUCAAAGCCUCUCCAGCCUAACUUAAUAUUUAAUUUUUUGCGUUUUCUUAAAAUUGAAGAUGUUGAAGAAACUAUUAACCUUGAGUUUAUUGUUAAUAUAGAGUGGAGAGAUUCUAGGUUGACAUAUACAAACCUUCGAGAGGAUAUACAUGCUAAUAAAUUGUCCAGAAUUGAAGCUGAGAGCAUAUGGAAGCCAAAACUGAAGUUUCCGAACGUGAAAGAUGGGAAACUAGAAAAGUUAGAAGAAUUUUUUUACGUUCAGAAAAAUAAUGACUCUCUCACCAGUGACUUCAGUGCUGUAAAUAUGGAUGUAACGUACAUGGGAGCCUCAGCUGUGAUUAUUCAGCGGGAACACUACAGCGGCAGCUUCGUCUGUGACUUUAACGUUUUCUACUACCCAUUUGAUGUGCAGCAAUGUAGUGUUCUGGUGCAGCUCUCCUCUGUCAGUGAGGAACUUGUUACAUUCACUACAGAGAAAACAACUGUACAGUUUGACAAGAGCUCAAAGUUUGGCACAUAUAUCAUCCAAGACUUCGUAACCCUGAAACAGAAGAGCAAAUCUGCUGAAAGUCUUUUCAAGGUUCGUCUUGGUGUGAGUUUGACGACCCUGCUGGUGUUGUACACUUUCUUCAACCAGACAUCGUCAUCGCUUCCACAAACUGCCUAUGUCAAGAUGAUUGACGUCUGGUUCUUCUUCUGCACGCUUCUUCUCUUCGUUAUCAUCAUGGUACAUGUCAUAGUGGAGGGGUUAGAGACUGAGGCCGUCGUUCGUAUUGGUCCACUGCGUCGAAAACAAGGCAUCAGAAUCUCUGCUGAGAUUCUUCUGCGUGUGGUACGUCAGGUGCUUGUUCCUUUUGUGGUGUUUGUCUUUAACUGCAUCUACUGGGCCAAGCUCCUCACCUGA